GCAGGGCAGACCUGUGGCGGUGCUGGCUUCAGGCCUGUACCAGGCAGAGCUGAGGGAGCGGAUGGCAGUACCUCCCUCCAAGGCCCUAAAGAGGACCUGGCAGGACACAGGCUGGGGCUGGGAACCCUGCCCCGGUGGGAUGCUCAGGAGGCUGCCCUUCCAGGUGAUCGUGUACGAAAUGGAGAACUUCCAGGGCAAGCGGUGUGAGCUCUCGGCCGAGUGCCCCAACCUGACAGAAAGCCUGCUGGAGAAGGUGGGCUCCAUCCAAGUGGAGUCGGGGCCGUGGCUGGCAUUUGAGCGCAGGGCCUUCCGCGGGGAGCAGUAUGUCCUGGAGAAGGGGGAUUAUCCUCGCUGGGACGCGUGGUCCAACAGCCACCGCGGUGACAGCCUCCUGUCCCUCCGGCCUCUGCAAAUUGAUGGUCCGGAUCACAAGCUGCAUCUCUUUGAGAACCCGGCUUUCGGCGGCCGCAAGAUGGAGAUAGUGGACGAUGACGUGCCCAGCCUCUGGGCUCACGGCUUCCAGGACCGUGUGGCGAGCGUCCGGGCCAUCAACGGGACGUGGGUUGGCUACGAGUUCCCCGGCUACCGCGGCCGCCAGUACGUGUUUGAGCGGGGUGAGUACCGCCACUGGAACGAGUGGGACGCCAACCAGCCACAGCUGCAGUCUGUGCGCCGUAUCCGCGACCAGAAGUGGCACAAGCGGGGCUGCUUCCUCAGCAGCUGAAGGGCGCCCAGGCCCCAGUGGCCCAGGCCCGCCCUGGGGGGCAGCAAGGGCAAGAAGAGGCGGCUCCAGGGCCGGGGUGAGGGCCUGUCUGGCCACCCUUCCCCAGAAUCUGCUCAAUAAAGCCUGGGGCCGGUCCC